AUGCGUCGCGCAAUCUCUCGCGGCCUGGGAGCCUCAAGCCGCUCUACUCCUGCUCUCUCUCGAGCCUCAAUUCUUACAUCCUCCAGCGGCCCAUCCCAUGUCGCUGCCAGGCGCAUUCAUGCCACGACCAAGCAGCUUCAGCCUGUGACGGCUGCAUUGGCUUCCACUGCCAGCAGCUAUCCUACCACGCACGCAAAGGUUGAGGUUGUCGAUACCCCCUACUUCAUCGACAACAAGUUUGUUGCCUCCACGGCCGAUAAAUACAUUGACCUGCACGACCCUGCUACCAAUGAGCUCGUCACUCGCGUCCCCCAGAUGACCGAUGCCGAGAUGAAGGCUGCCGUCGAGAGCGCUGAGAAGGCUUUCAAGUCAUGGAAGAACACCAGUGUCAUCUCUCGACAACAGAUCAUGUUCCGCUUCGUUCAGCUUAUUCGUGAGAACUGGGACCGCCUCGCUGCCAGCAUUACUCUUGAGCAGGGCAAGACUUUUGCUGAUGCCAAGGGUGACGUUCUCCGUGGUCUCCAGGUCGCCGAAGCUGCCGUUGCCGCCCCUGAGCUCCUCAAGGGUGAGGUCCUCGAGGUCGCUAAGGAUAUGGAGACCCGAACCUACCGCGAGCCCCUAGGUGUUACUGCUGCUAUCUGCCCUUUUAGUGAGUACUUUAUCUUCUCGCCACUUCUCAAGCUAACCAGUAACCCAGACUUCCCUGCCAUGAUUCCUCUCUGGUGCAUUCCCAUUGCCACUAUCACUGGUAACACACUUAUCCUUAAGCCCUCCGAGCGUGACCCUGGUGCUGCCAUGAUCAUUGCUGAGCUUGUCGAGAAGGCCGGUUUCCCUGCCGGUGUUGUUAACAUCAUCCAUGGUGCUCACCGCACUGUCGAUUUCAUCCUCGAUGAGCCUGCUAUCAAGGCCAUCAGCUUCGUCGGUGGCAACAAGGCCGGCGAGUACAUCUUCAGCCGUGGAUCUGCCAACGGCAAGCGUGUCCAGGCCAACCUGGGUGCCAAGAACCAUGCUGUCGUCUCACCUGAUGCCAACAAGAACCAGUUCAUCAACUCCAUCGUUGGUGCUGCUUUCGGUGCUGCCGGCCAGCGCUGCAUGGCCCUGAGCACCCUCGUCAUGGUCGGUGAGACCAAGGAAUGGCUCCACGACGUUGCUGAGCAAGCCAAGAACCUCAAUGUCAAUGGCGGUUUCGAGCAGGGAGCCGAUCUCGGCCCUGUUAUCACCCCUCAGAGCAAGGAGCGCAUUGAGAAGCUCAUUGAUUCCGCUGAGAAGGAGGGCGCUACUAUUCUUCUCGACGGCCGUGGCUUCAAGCCCAGCAAGUACCCCAACGGCAACUGGGUUGGACCUACCAUCAUUACCAAUGUUACCCCUGACAUGACCUGCUACAAGGAGGAAGUCUUUGGUCCCGUUCUUGUCUGCCUCAACGCCGAGUCCAUUGAAGAUGCUAUCGACCUCGUCAACAAGAACGAGUACGGUAACGGCACUGCUAUCUUCACCAGGUCUGGCGCCACUGCUGAGAUCUUCCGCAAGAACAUUGAGGCCGGCCAGGUUGGUAUCAAUGUUCCUAUUCCUGUCCCCUUGCCCAUGUUCUCUUUCACCGGUAACAAGAAGUCCAUUGCCGGUGGCGGCGCCAACACAUUCUACGGAAAGCCUGGUAUCAACUUUUACACUCAACUCAAGACUGUUACGGCUCUGUGGCAGAGCGCUGAUGCCGUCGCUAAGAAGGCUGAUGUCUCUAUGCCCACCCAACAAUAA